AGCAGCACUCUCAGGCUGCUCCGAUUUCUCUUGCAGCCACCGCCACCGCCUCCCGACAUGCACGUUGUGGCGGCUACGGCCCUGCUGGGGCAGGCGUCCUCUCUGAGGGGAGCGGCGGUUCCCUGCAACGCCAAGGCCGCAAACUCGAAGUCCAGGCCGCGGGUGUGCCGCGUGCUGGCCACCGCGGCUGCGGAGAAGCAAGCUGAGGCGGGCACCUUUGCUGACGAUUUCACAAAGGAAAUCGUGGAGGAGGAGAAGAAGUACAUCUUGCAGACCUACGCCCGCCCCGACAUUGUGUUCACAAACGGGGAGGGGGCUCGCAUGUGGGAUGCCCACGGCAAGGAGUAUCUGGACUUUUCCGCGGGCAUCGCGGUGAAUGCGCUAGGCCACGGCGACCCUCGCUGGCUGGAGGCGGUGACCGAGCAGGCGGGGGUGCUGUCCCACGUCAGCAACCUCUUCCACACUGCCCCUCAGGUCAAGCUGGCCAAGCGGCUGGUGGAGAGCAGCUUUGCGGACCGGGUGUUCUACGCCAACACGGGGACCGAGGCGAACGAGGCCGCCAUCAAGUUUGCCCGCAAGUACGCCAAGGUCAAGGCUGGCCUGGACCCUUACAACGCCGACACUGCCUUGGAGUGCGCCACCGAGAUUGUGUCCUUCACCGGAUCCUUCCACGGCCGCACCAUGGGCUCGCUGGCCCUCACAUACAAGGACCAGUACAAGACCCCCUUCCAGCCCGUCAUGCCCGGCUCUGUCAUGGUGCCCUACAUGGACCUGGAGGCCGCCAGGGGCGUGAUCAAGAAGGGCAAGACUGCCGCCGUGUUUGUGGAGCCCAUCCAGGGGGAGGGCGGUAUCAACCCGGCCUCCCAGGAGUUCCUGCAGGGCCUGCGGCAGCUGUGCGACGAGGCGGACGCGCUGCUGGUGUUUGAUGAAGUGCAGGUCGGGCUGGGGCGCACGGGCAAGCUGUGGGGCCAUGAGCACCACGGCGUCUCUCCAGACAUGAUGUCUUUGGCCAAGCCGCUGGCAGGCGGCCUGCCCAUCGGUGCCGUGCUCCUCAAGGAACAUGUGGCGGCGGUGAUGGCGCCCGGCGACCACGGCUCCACCUUUGCCGGCAACCCGCUGGUCUGCCACGCCGCCUGCACCGUGUUUGAUAUCAUCUCAGACCCAGAGUUCCUGGCGGGCGUGACCCGCAAGGGCGAGCUGCUGCGGUCGGGGCUGCGGGCGGCGUUGGAGGGCAACCCACACGUGCAGGAGGUGCGCGGCCUGGGCCUCAUCUGUGGCGUCCAGCUAGACCAGAUGGCAGGCCCACUUGUGACGGCGGCCCGCGACCGCGGCAUCAUCGUCAUCACUGCGGGCAAGGGAGACAUUGUGCGGCUGGUGCCCCCCCUGGUGGUCAGCGAGGAGGAGAUUGAGAAGUGCUGCAAGGUUCUGGGCGAGGUGGCAAAGGAGGUGCUGAAGUGAGGCGGCCACCGAGCGGCUGCGAGAGGGGAGCACGGUCUGCUGCGCCGUCCCCGCCAGCGCCCGGUGGUUGCCCAUUGCGCCGGCUGUGUAUUUUGACGCUGCUGGGUUCUGUGAACUAUUGAAAUCAUCUUCGUCUGGAUUCUUCCAUCUAACUCUCGAGUUGCGC